AUGAGUUUUUUACUAUCUAAAUUACAAAGCAAGAAAGAAGUAGAUCAUGCAAUAAGAUCGACAACGGAAAAGGUCUUGGUUUUAAGGUUCGGGCAUGAAACAGAUAUGGUCUGCAUGCAAUUAGAUGAUAUUUUAAUGAAAACUCAAGAGAGGUUGGCUAAAAUGGCAACGAUAUACACUAUUGAUGCAGAUACUGUGCCCAUAUAUAUCAAAUAUUUCGAUAUUACAAUUUUACCAGCCACGGUAUUCUUUUUCAAUGCUCAACACAUGAAAGUUGAUUUCGGAACUGCCGAUCAUACAAAAUUUAUCGGUAGUUUUAAAACUAAGCAAAAUUUCAUUGACCUGAUCGAAGUUAUAUACCGUGGUGCUAUGAGAGGAAAAUAUAUUGUAACUAGCCCGAUCGAUCCUCAAGAUAUACCAAAAUUUGACUUACUAUAUAAAGGAUACUAG